AGAAGGGCCGCAUCUAGCCGCACCGCCAAAUCACCAAUUCAGACGCGGCUAGACAUAGGACAUGGCGGAAACCGAAGAUGCUGCAGAAAAAGCAAACAUGAACGACGAAGGUCGCUCCUCCUCUACCUCCAAAGAUUUCGACCCAUGCCCUAUCUGUCUAGGAUCCUUUCUACAAGAAGCUUACCUCGACCGCUGUUUCCACAAGUUUUGUUACAAGUGUAUUUUGAAUUGGUCCAUAUAUAUUAGCAGGCUAAGCUCUAAAUCACAAUCAACUUUGACAUGUCCUCUUUGCAAGGGAAUUAAUUAUUCAAUAGUUUAUGGGUAUGAUGGGACUUCAUUUCAACAGCAUUACAUUAAUCAAGAUCCUCCCAAGCAGAGCAUAUUCUUUUCGAAAGCUCACAGGUUUAGAUUGCAAAGCUACUAUCGCGAACCAGGCACAAUCUACGAUAAAUUCAGCAUUCCAAAGUAUUGGAAACACCGUAGGUAUCUCCAACUAAACAAGUGGCUCCAAAGUUGGUUGAAAAGGGAAAUUCAAGCUCUAACUCAGGAGGAGGAUGUGGACAUUAUUGUGCACCAUAUACUUGUGGACAUUAUUGUGCACCAUAUACUUGGUGUGAUCGAGUCUUUUGUUAGAUUAAGUGAACGCGAAUGUUCAAGUGAUAUAACACCCUACCAAAAAAGACAAGAGUUCAAGGCGUUGAUAUCUGAUGCUGCCAAGCCUUUCUUGACUGGAAGAACGGAGCACUUUGUAAAUGAGGUAGAGUUGUUUAUUUGUUCGGGCUUAAAUAUGGAAGCAUAUGAUGAGGUUUACUUAGAGAGUCUUAGUUCAGUUACUCCUAGUGUUAGUGAGGUUGGAGAAGAGAGAAAUCAUGGAAAAACAGAAAAUAUUCCAUACUUGCAUUUCUUUGAUGUAGACUCCGAUGCUGAGUAGCUACUAUUGUGUUUGUUACUAAGCAAAGGUCACGCUUUCUUGCGUGCUUUUCGUUCAUUUAAACAAGUUUAAUUUACAUGUUCA